GUUGACACUGGCUUUCCCUUUCCUGGCCAUAUUUAGACCUUUCAGUCACAAAAUGCUCCUCGGUUUGCUACCAAGAGCAACCACUGUCAUUUGGAAAAGCUGGGGAAAAUGCUCCGCCUUUUCCUGGAGGAACAGAGCUCUCCUGCUGCUUUUCUCCCUCUCUUUGGAGCAGACAUCAGCAUCACAGAGCAACAAAAUCCAACAGAAAGCAGGAAAGUGCCCCAAAGAGAGGUUCCAGUGCAGAACGAAAAUUGUGGAUCUGUGCAAGACAGAUUACAACUGCAAAGCCUACCUGAAGUGCUGCCCUUUUGCCUGUGGGAAAAAGUGCAUGGAUCCGUUUGUGGAACCCUGCAUGCAACCUUUAAACAUAGGAAGCUGUGCUAAGAAUUUGAGUCGGUGGUAUUUUGACUUUAAACAAUAUCAAUGCAGAUUGUUUACGUAUGGUGGCUGCAUGGGGAAUGCCAACAACUUCCUCAGCAAGGAAGAUUGCAGGAGUGCUUGCCAGUUACUUGUCAAGAAAGGACACUGCCCAAUCUUCCCUCACGACUCGCGAAUGGAGUGUCCACUCCCAUGUAAGAAUGACUUGGACUGCCUUGAGAAGGAGAAGUGUUGUGACUCCAAGUGUGGUUUUGUUUGUGCCAAGAUCUGGAACGUCAAACCAGGUUUUUGCCCACGUAAGCCGGCGGAGUGUAACAAGAUUGAUAAACCUAAGUGCCUGCAGGACAGCGACUGUCCACUCGAGGAGAAAUGCUGCUCGCGUUGUGGCCUCAAGUGCUUUGAGCCUAAAAACUGAAUG